GGGAUUUCCCGGGUAACAGAGAAGCGGCCGCGGCGGUAGAGGCGGCGGGGACGGUUUCUCCAUCUCACCCCCCCUCCCCUUACCCCUCAGAGUUUCCCUCCCUCCCUCCUUCCUAGUCUGGGCAUCGGGGUCUGUGACCGCUUCGUUAGCGGAGAGGGAGCUGCCAGUCCUCUUCGGUGGGCCUAUGCCCUGCGCCGUUCGCGGGGCCUCAUGCUGAGAGGGACACGCAGUAAGAAGCGGCCGUAGCAGCUUUGCGGUGAGAGCACGCCGGGCCGGGGAUCCUGGUGGCGGGUAACGCGGGACUCGAGGGUUAUUAGUGCAUCCCUGAGCAUGAAUGCAGAAUGAAGCGACGUUUGGAUGACCAAGAAUCACCAGUGUAUGCGGCUCAGCAGCGGCGGAUCCCUGGUAACACAGAGGCUUUUCCUCAUCAGCACCGAGUGCUUGCCCCCGCCCCUCCUGUGUAUGAAGCUGUGGCGGAGACCAUGCAGUCAGCCACGGGCAUUCAGUACUCCGUCACUCCCAGUUAUCAGGUUUCAGCUGUGCCACAGGGCUCUGGUGGCAGUCAUGGACCCACCAUAGCAGCGGUUCAUAGCAGCCAUCAUCACCCAACAGCUGUGCAGCCCCACGGAGGCCAGGUGGUCCAGAGUCAUGCUCAUCCAGCCCCACCAGUUGCACCAGUGCAGGGACAGCAGCAGUUUCAGAGGCUCAAGGUGGAGGAUGCACUGUCCUAUCUUGACCAGGUGAAGCUGCAGUUUGGUAGUCAGCCUCAGGUCUACAAUGAUUUCCUUGACAUCAUGAAGGAAUUUAAAUCACAGAGCAUCGACACUCCAGGAGUGAUAAGUCGUGUGUCCCAGCUCUUCAAAGGCCACCCAGACCUGAUCAUGGGCUUCAAUACCUUCUUGCCUCCUGGCUACAAGAUUGAGGUGCAAACCAAUGACAUGGUGAAUGUGACAACUCCUGGCCAGGUCCAUCAGAUUCCCACCCAUGGCAUCCAGCCCCAGCCUCAACCACCACCCCAACAUCCUUCCCAGCCUUCAACCCAGUCAGCCCCAGCUCCUGCCCAGCCAGCUCCUCAGCCCCCACCUGCCAAAGUCAGCAAGCCUUCCCAACUACAAGCACAUACUCCCGCCAGCCAGCAGACCCCCCCACUCCCACCAUACGCAUCCCCACGCUCUCCACCUGUCCAACCUCAUACACCAGUGACAAUCUCGUUGGGAACGGCCCCAUCCUUGCAGAACAAUCAGCCUGUGGAGUUUAAUCAUGCUAUCAACUAUGUUAAUAAGAUCAAGAACAGGUUCCAGGGCCAACCAGACAUCUAUAAAGCAUUCCUGGAAAUUUUGCACACAUAUCAGAAAGAGCAGCGAAAUGCCAAGGAAGCUGGAGGAAACUACACUCCAGCGUUGACUGAGCAGGAGGUUUAUGCCCAGGUGGCUCGCCUUUUUAAAAAUCAGGAAGAUCUGUUGUCAGAGUUUGGACAGUUUUUACCAGAUGCCAACAGCUCUGUGCUUUUAAGCAAAACAACUGCAGAGAAGGUUGAUUCUGUGAGAAAUGACCAUGGAGGCACUGUGAAGAAGCCCCAACUGAACAACAAGCCACAGAGGCCCAGCCAGAAUGGCUGCCAGAUCCGGAGGCACUCUGGAACAGGAACCACCCCUCCGGUGAAGAAGAAACCCAAACUUCUCAGCCUAAAGGAUUCUUCUAUGGCUGAUGCCAGCAAGCAUGGUGUAGGAACUGAAUCAUUAUUUUUUGAUAAGGUUCGAAAGGCUCUGCGGAAUGCAGAGGCCUAUGAAAAUUUCCUGCGCUGUCUUGUUAUCUUUAACCAGGAGGUGAUCUCUCGGGCUGAGCUUGUGCAAUUAGUCUCUCCUUUCCUGGGGAAAUUCCCUGAAUUGUUUAAUUGGUUUAAAAACUUUCUGGGCUAUAAGGAGUCUGUACAUUUGGAAACCUUUCCAAAGGAACGAGCUACAGAGGGCAUUGCCAUGGAAAUAGAUUAUGCCUCUUGUAAACGGUUGGGUUCCAGCUACCGAGCCCUCCCAAAGAGUUACCAGCAGCCCAAGUGUACAGGACGGACUCCUCUCUGUAAAGAGGUUUUAAAUGAUACCUGGGUUUCCUUCCCUUCCUGGUCUGAAGACUCCACCUUUGUUAGUUCCAAGAAAACUCAGUAUGAAGAACAUAUCUAUCGUUGUGAAGACGAACGCUUUGAGCUUGAUGUAGUUUUAGAGACCAAUCUGGCAACAAUCCGGGUUCUGGAAGCAAUACAGAAGAAGCUUUCCCGCUUGUCUGCUGAGGAACAAGCCAAAUUUCGCUUGGACAACACCCUUGGGGGCACAUCAGAAGUCAUCCAUCGAAAAGCACUCCAGAGGAUAUAUGCUGACAAAGCAGCCGACAUCAUUGAUGGUCUGAGGAAGAACCCCUCCAUUGCUGUCCCCAUUGUACUUAAAAGGUUGAAGAUGAAAGAGGAAGAAUGGCGAGAAGCCCAGAGGGGCUUUAACAAGGUGUGGCGAGAGCAAAAUGAGAAAUACUACUUGAAGUCUCUGGACCAUCAGGGUAUCAACUUUAAACAGAAUGACACCAAGGUCCUGAGGUCUAAGAGCUUACUCAACGAGAUUGAGAGUAUCUAUGAUGAGCGGCAAGAGCAGGCUACUGAAGAAAAUGCUGGCGUACCUGCUGGCCCACACCUCUCUCUGGCCUAUGAAGACAAGCAGAUCCUGGAGGACGCUGCUGCCCUGAUUAUCCACCAUGUGAAGAGACAGGCAGGCAUUCAGAAGGAGGACAAGUACAAAAUCAAGCAGAUCAUGCAUCACUUCAUUCCAGAUCUGCUCUUUGCUCAGAGGGGUGAUCUCUCGGAUGUAGAAGAAGAGGAAGAAGAAGAGAUGGAUGUAGAUGAGGCCACAGGGGUGGCUAAGAAGCACAAUGGGGUUGGGGGCAGCUCCCCUAAGUCCAAGCUACUGUUUAGUAACACAACAGCACAGAAGCUAAGAGGGAUGGAUGAAGUGUACAACCUCUUCUAUGUUAACAACAACUGGUACAUCUUUAUGCGACUGCACCAGAUUCUUUGCUUGAGACUUCUGCGGAUUUGUUCCCAAGCAGAACGGCAGAUCGAAGAAGAAAACCGAGAGAGGGAGUGGGAGCGGGAAGUGCUGGGCAUAAAGCGAGACAAGAGUGACAGUCCUGCCAUUCAGCUCCGUCUUAAAGAACCUAUGGAUGUUGAUGUAGAAGAUUAUUACCCAGCUUUCCUGGAUAUGGUGCGGAGCCUGCUGGAUGGCAACAUUGACUCAUCACAAUAUGAAGAUUCACUGCGAGAGAUGUUCACCAUUCAUGCCUACAUUGCCUUCACCAUGGACAAGCUCAUCCAGAGCAUCGUCAGACAGCUGCAGCACAUUGUGAGUGAUGAGAUCUGUGUACAAGUGACUGACCUUUACCUGGCAGAAAACAGUAAUGGGGCUACUGGAGGCCAGCUGAACACACAGACUUCGAGGAGUCUCUUGGAGUCAGCAUAUCAGCGGAAAGCCGAACAGCUCAUGUCAGAGGAGAACUGCUUUAAGCUUAUGUUCAUUCAGAGCCAAGGCCAGGUUCAGCUGACUAUUGAGCUUUUGGACACAGAAGAGGAGAACUCAGAUGACCCUGUAGAAGCAGAGCGCUGGUCAGACUAUGUGGAGCGAUACAUGAAUUCUGAUACUACCUCUCCUGAGCUUCGUGAGCAUCUGGCACGGAAACCAGUAUUUCUCCCAAGGAACCUGCGGCGGAUCCGGAAGUGUCAGCGUGGUCGAGAACAGCAAGAAAAGGAAGGGAAGGAAGGAAACAGCAAGAAGAGCAUGGAGAAUGUGGAUAGCCUGGAUAAACUGGAGUGUAGGUUCAAGCUGAACUCCUACAAGAUGGUGUAUGUGAUCAAGUCCGAGGACUACAUGUAUCGGAGGACUGCCUUGCUCCGGGCUCAUCAGUCCCAUGAACGUGUAAGCAAGAGGCUGCAUCAGAGGUUCCAGGCCUGGGUAGAUAAGUGGACCAAGGAGCAUGUGCCCCGUGAAAUGGCAGCGGAGACCAGCAAGUGGCUCAUGGGUGAGGGGCUGGAGGGCCUGGUACCCUGUACCACCACCUGUGACACAGAGACUCUGCAUUUUGUGAACAUUAACAAGUACCGUGUCAAAUACGGCACAGUGUUCAAAACCCCAUAGCUGCGAAGUCAGAGCAGAUAACUUGAAGGAGGUGUGUGUGUGAGGGGGGUGCGGUUCAUGUGCCCUCACACACACUGAAGAAAUGAGGAAGAUGCCUUUCAAGCCUCACUGGGCCUCUCUGGGAUAUGGCCACCUGAUCUGUCUGUGCUCUGGAACUUUCCCCAAGGGUUUAGGAUCCUGGAGGGGAAGGAAAUCCACUCAAGCAUAAACACACAGCUUGCUUGCACACACCAGCAGAGCUAAGACUGGAGUCUCCUGGGGCCUGACCUUCGAAGAAGGAACCAGGUGCUAUUCAAACCUUGGCUGGAUGGGUGAACGUUGACAAACUAACUGGGGAAGGACUCAAUACUCAGAUGGUUUGUAACUCUGAUGGUCAAUGCUCCUCUUCUCUCCCCGCCACCCCCCAAAAGGGGGACAAAACUGGAUUUGAUUUUUUUUUUUUUUGAUUUUUUUUUUCCUGAUCACUCAAGCACAUUUAGAGCAUCCAUUAGGUUUUAUGUGGGACCCACAAUUUGGCUUUGGGAUUGAUCAUCUUGUGGAUUUGAUUCCUGCCGAAUCCCUUGUUGCCUCCCUUUUACUUUCUCCUCUGGUUAUCAACCUCAACAAGUUCAAAUCAGUUAUUUUUAGCUCCUGAGGAACUGUUUUGUACCUGCUUCUUUACCAGUCUUCCCCAGUGCCAUCCACCAGCUUUACUCUUUCUCUCAAACACACCAAUUUUAACGGGGGUUUUCUUUUUUCUUUUUUGUAAAUAAUGUACAUACUGUCAAUUUUUUAUUAAAAGAAAUAUGCUUUGAUGUGCUAGCAUAACUGCUCUAGCUUCUUGUGUACCAUAGUUCUAUGUGACUUCAGAUUUAGUACCUAUGAACAGGUGUGCAAGACAUUUAUUACACUUUUUACCAAAGGGAGUUACGGUUGUAGUACUUUUGUGUAAAACUUGUCUUCCCCUUGCCCCAAAACUUUUUUUAAAAAAAAAAUAAAGUUUGGUUCUCAAGGAAUAAACUUGCAACCCAAGUCCCUUGUCCUCACCAGAGAACAAUUAUGAAUCAGGGAUUUAGGCUCAGUUCCUUAUCCAGGGUACCAACAGGCUUUUGCUCUAGUUAGCAGUCAAGUUCACUUAUCUCAAGUCAAAAUAUUCCAAAAUUUUGAAGCAGAAUACUUUAUUCUUUUAGUACAUGUUUUUUCCCCUCCCUUAUUUCAACUGUUUAGACAUGUGUGAUAUUUGAGUAAGUUGUCUAGCUAUAUAAUUUGUAAUUCUCUAUAUUUUUUCUUAUCCUUAGUAGAAACGGGAGUGAACAACUUAAAUACCAAAUCAGUAUUUGAAAGAAGUGUGUAUAAGGAGUGUGGUAUAAGUGGGGUUGGGAGGGAGAUUUGGUACAUUUCAUUACUAACUGCAAAUGGAAUAUAUUACAUAAAUUUAAACUGGCAGACAUUUAAUUCUGGGUGAUAAGGAUUUUUAUGUAGUCAGCCUGGACUUCUGGUGGAUUUUCCUCCAGCAACCAUUUACCCUAAUCAUAGUUGCAAAGUAACCAACAGUGUUUUGUUUGCUUUUUUAUUAAAAAUCCACACACUCCCACCCCCAACACACACUUCCAAACCCCAAAAACUUUUGGCUUCUGGACUUUCAAAAUAUAUGGUAGACUUCUCUGA